UGCUCGCCUAGAAACUUUCCCUUGUCUCCCCUUUCUUUGUUCCCCUCUGCUCCGGGGGAAAGCUGGGAGUCCGCUUCGUAGCCUUCCUGCCUGGCUAGGACCGCCGGGUGACAGCAUGGAAUACACGGCGUCGCCCAAGCCCCAGCUCUCCUCGAGGGCCAACGCGUUCUCCAUCGCGGCGCUCAUGUCCAGCGGAGGCGGCGCCAAGGACAAGGAGCCUUCCGAGAACACCAUCAAACCCCUGGAACAAUUCGUGGAGAAGACUUCCUGCGCGCAGCCCCUCGGCGACCUCCCGGGCCUCGACUCUCACGGCGACUUCGGCGGCAGCCUGGGAGGGGGCGGCGGCUGCAGCCCGUCCUCGCUGUGCACGGAGCCCCUCAUCCCCACCACUCCCAUCGUCCCCAGCGAGGAGAUGGCCAAGAUCGCUUGCAGUCUGGAGACCAAGGAGCUCUGGGAUAAAUUCCACGAGCUGGGCACCGAGAUGAUCAUCACCAAGUCGGGCAGGCGGAUGUUCCCCACCAUUCGGGUGUCGUUUUCCGGGGUGGACCCCGAAGCCAAGUACAUCGUUCUGAUGGACAUCGUGCCAGUGGACAACAAGAGAUACAGAUACGCCUACCAUCGCUCGUCCUGGCUGGUGGCCGGCAAGGCCGACCCGCCCCUUCCGGCAAGGUUGUACGUGCACCCAGAUUCUCCUUUUACUGGAGAGCAGCUGCUGAAACAGAUGGUGUCUUUUGAAAAAGUGAAACUCACAAAUAACGAACUGGAUCAACACGGCCAUAUUAUUCUGAACUCUAUGCACAAAUACCAGCCCAGAGUUCACAUCAUCAAAAAGAAGGACCACACCGCCUCCCUGCUCAAUCUGAAGUCUGAAGAAUUCAGGACAUUUAUUUUCCCUGAGACCGUGUUCACAGCUGUCACUGCCUACCAGAAUCAGCUGAUAACCAAGCUGAAAAUCGACAGCAAUCCAUUUGCCAAAGGUUUCCGAGAUUCCUCCAGGCUCACUGAUAUCGAAAGGGAAAGUGUUGAGAGUCUGAUUCAGAAGCAUUCCUAUGCCCGCUCACCUAUCCGUACCUAUGGGGGAGAAGAAGAUGUCCUGGGAGAUGAGAGCCAGACAGCACAAAAUAGAGGAUCAGCUUUUACUGCAUCUGACAAUUUGUCGCUCAGCUCCUGGGUAUCUUCUUCAUCCAGUUUCCCCGGAUUCCAGCACCCCCAGUCUCUGACCGCCCUGGGAACCAGCACCGCCUCCAUUGCCACGUCCAUUCCUCACCCCAUCCAGGGCUCUCUGCCCCCCUACAGCCGCCUAGGGAUGCCUCUUGCGCCAUCAGCCAUCGCUACCUCCAUGCCGGGGAGCGGGCCCACGUUCCCUUCCUUCCACAUGCCCAGAUACCACCACUAUUUCCAACAGGGGCCUUACGCUGCCAUCCAGGGACUGCGCCACUCCUCCACAGUGAUGACACCAUUUGUAUGACUGACCCACGCGGAGGGCAACCUGGAUGUAGAAUAGGCAACCUUGGUAUGAAGAUACGGGUGGGGAUGUGGCGUUGGUUGGGAGACUCUCCAGGAGGCAUGGAACCAUUCAGGAGGAGAGAUGGACCCGUGAUCACAUCAACUGCUAACACGAUGCAUUCACUAGGGGCCAGCGGUCAUGUGUAGAAGGGCUAAUCUUUGGCUUAGUGGAAUGCCCGUCUGGAACAUUCAGAGAAAGUUUAGCGCAUCACACAUCAGCAGUGUAUAAAACGCUCUGUGGAUGCAGUCAUGGACAAAUCCAACGUGGAUAAGAUUUCUUUCUGUUUUUUCACUGAUUCGAAGAAUUUCACAAGAGGCAAUACAAUAGGUUAUAAUCAUAGAACACCAUCUUUCCCUGUAAAUAACAGGAGUCAAUAAUGAAAUAUUUGUAACGUGGUAGCUUGAGCAUGUUUAGUUUACCUUAGCAUUAGUUUGCUGAGAAAGGAACCCCUAGAAGAAGGGUGUCUUUUUUGGUUCAUGACUAGGCAGUAGUUGCUUCCCAGCAUCCUUCUGUAAUACAGAUAGGCCAGAACCUCCCAUCCACCUUGACUUGUUUUGCCCUCCCUCCGUCCUCCUUCCCCCAUUCUUCUUCUUCUCUCUCAAACUCUUACAUUUUGUUUGUAUAGGAAACUGCUUCUCUAAAUCUUCAAGUAAGAGACUGUAGAUAUCUCACUCUGAAACAGAAUGUUUAUUUUCAGAAGUGGUAUUCUUUAAAAAAAAAAGAAAUCCUGCAUAUAGAUUCAUCAGUGAGCACUUUAAAACACGCAGUCUCGAGCAGCAUUGGAAUAUUUAUUUCAUUUGUCACUAUAGACUUUGAACCUGAUCUGAAAGCAUGGCCUGCCACUGAUGCCUGAGUUUGAAGGUCACACAGGGCAAAAUUCUCAUCUCCCGAAGGUCAGCUCCUGUAUCAUGCUGAUGUUACCCAAUUCCAAGGUCAGCUAGCACCUAUUAACGAUUGACAUGAUCCCUUGGGUGAGAUUUCCAGAUGCUGAAUUUAGUCAUGAUUUAUAUGAAGAAAGGAAGGAAGGAAGGAAGGAAGGGAGGAAGGAAAGAAGGAAAGAAGGAAAGAAGAAAGAAAGAAAGAAAGAAAGAAAGAAAGAAAGAAAGAAAGAAAGAAAGAAAGAAAGAAAGAAAGAAAGAAAGAAAUAUAGGUUAUAGAAUGCACUGAAAUGCACUAUAGGUUUCUAAAAAUCUUGAUAUCUUUAUUUGAAUGUGUGCUCAAGGUUCAUUUUGGUCUUUCUUUCCCUCCUCUUCAUUUUCUCCUACUCAGAAAACUUAGAGAAUCAACAAAUGGAUUAUUCUCAUCUGGAAGCGUUAUAUCCAAAUAAUCAAGAAAGUAAGAGGGAAACCAAGGAAUUCAUCUUUGCUACUUGCACCUUCACAUAGUUUAAGGAUAGGGGCCUAACCAUGAUUUCAUUGGUAUGGGGAAUUUCCUUACCUGGAAGUAAUCCAUUCCUUAAGUAACAUGCUCAGGGUCCUCCUUGUCCAGCAGGUAUGUAUCUGAGGUGACACGUGGUCUCCUUGGCUCCGCGUGUGGUUCUUUGUCCACAACUGGAUGCUGUCUCUCAUGGGUUCUUGUGGUGUGUAUAUAACUAUUGCAGCAGGCUUACCAUUCUAAUAAUCCUGAGUAACUUGUAGCCGAACAUCCAUUCUUAACGAUAUUGCCUUUGUGGGUAUCUUGGGCUCCGGAGGCAGGACGAACACGAUAAUUAAUGUCUGCAUUCAUUAAAACAUCCAAGCAUCUUCUAUGGUUAUUGUUUUAGGGGGUGGAUGGGUUAUGCGAUAUUAUUCUGCUGCAUUCUUGCAUGCAAAUGAAUUGCGUAAUCUAUAUGACCAAUAUUCUAUCCAAUGGGGCAGCUGACGAUAGAGACAUUUCUGGGGUGGCGCGAUAUAUUCAUUGCCUCAGUGGCCAUGGUUUCAUCAGCCUGAUGGUUUCCACAUUUAAAUGCCUCCUUGGGGCUACCCCAGUCUAUAAGAAUGGAUAAUGAGAUCACAGAUUUUAUAUUAAAGGAACUUUAGAGGUUACCUAGCCCCGCUCCCUCAUUCUACAGUUGAGGUUUGGAGAACUGCAGUGAUUUAUACAACACAUCACAGCCGGCGUGUGCCUCAGGCAAAUUUCAAGCUAAGUUUUCCAGACUUAAAGACCAGCUCCGAAUCCCCGGUGCCAUGCUGUAUAACCUGCUGUCAUGAUACCAAGACCAUGGUGGAAUGUUGCACAUGAAUUUCUCUGAUGUGUUCCACAGAUUAGUUAUUGAGAAACAUCUCUUGUUCGACAUCCAUUUGAGAAGCUUCUGCCCUUAUUUCUAUGUCCCUGGACAAUUUUAAAUUACUUUUAAACAAGACAUACUUUACAAAACAUCAAAUCAUUUUUGAAAGCAUUUGUGUUUAGCAUAUAAAGUAAAUCCCCAUCAAUUAUGGAUGAAUGUGUUAAUAUCUCAUAGUUCUGUCUAUUACCAGAGUCUCUUUAAUAUUGCUGAAAGUAAAAAUGACCCAAAAUAAAAUUCCACUUUCACUAAUACUCUCCUAGGUUGUCCAGCUCUUGAGUUUAUUGUAUAGAAUGCCCGUACACAAACUUUCUCUUUGGAGAGACUUGGCAAGAUUAUCUUAGUUCUAUUUUGGUGCUUCCCAGAUCAACAUAUCACUGUUAGGUUUGUAUGUUUUUGUUAAAUGCCCUAAUUCACAGAAAUUGUUUGAACUUCAUGUCUUCAAUUUUUGAUCAUGAAAUCAUUAGUUUAGGUCAAAAAACUAAUAGGCCAGAAACCAAUUGAUCAAAGCCUGUUGUUUGGUAAGCAUAAGGUCUUUAAUCUGUCUUUUCAAAAGCUUUAUAGUACUAUUUAAACAGGGAGAAGGGAAACAUGAGAUUGGAAGCCCAUCUUGCCAGCAGCCUUCCUUUCCUGGAACACUGGCUACCAUAUAAAAAUCCUUUUCCUUUAGGGAUUCCAAAAAUUUUUUCUCAACACUCUGGGAAUUUAUAACUUAUAGGCAUAGAAAAUAUUGUCAGAGUUACUCACUACUUUAAAAUAAGAGGAAUGGUAAUAUGAAUAUAUAUAAAAAAGAGAAAAUUCUAUAUAAUUUAAUUUUUAAAAUGCAGUUCUUUUCAAAAUAUACCAAACUUCUGAGUUGAAAUACAUAUUUUAACAAUGACUAGCUAAUUUGUGUCCAAUGGUAAUUCAUAUUUAAUGCUCUUCUCAUAAGGUCUCAGAGGUAAUGCAAAUAUUGUAUCCCCUUUCACAAAAGGGGAUUUAGAUUUAGAGAGGGCAAGUGACUCAUGAUUUGUCCAGGGUCGUGCAGCUAAUGACAGAAAUAGCUCACGUUUGUUUAAAGGUUUACACAGAAUUUUUAUAUAUACCAUCUCAUUGAAGUGUCACAGCCCCAUGAGAGAGGCUCAAGAGAGAAAUAGUCCUAGCACCAUUGUACUUAUGAGGAGACUGAAGCUCAGAUGUGUUGCCCUUGGUCAUGCUAGAAGUGAGACUCGAACCAUAUCUUCUAACCUCCAGGUCAGAGCAGUGAUCAUCUUACUCACUCCACUGCUCCUUGCCCUCUACAAUGGUAUCUAAUAGAUUUGUGAGAUAGACUCUAAUGAUUAAGUGAAAAUAGGUAUAAUCAUCAUUUAUUUUUGCUGGCCUGCUGAUUCUAAAAAAUACUUGCCUAUAAUAUUUUUUCAGGUAGUUUUGAAGAGUCCCUUUCUCAUAUUGUUUAUCGUAUUUGUUUGCUUGGCAAACUUUUCUCCCAGAGCCAGUACAAGGCGAACUUUAGACAAAUUCUAAAUUAGAAAGAUACAAAUGAAUCUACCUUUAUUGCUGAGGACUCUAACCCCUCUUUAAUUUUAGUUUUUGCUUAAAGAUGAGAGAGAGACAGAAAGAGACAGAGAAAGAGAGAGACAGAUGGAGUCAGAGAGUUAGAGUUAGUUCAGUAAAUGAUUCAGGUUGACAGUCCCAGGUAUUGUUAUUUGGAAAUUUUCCAGCUCUCACUCUGGGCCCUGAACAGGGGAGUGAAAGAGAAGGAUUUGGAUACUUGGGUGACUUGCCAACCUAAUAGGAGGUCAUUGGAGAGGAAGUUUGAAAAACAUCCAUGAGCUCAAUUGUGGUCCUGAAGCGACUACGUAAAUGGUUGUACCAUCGGUUGCAAGGCCUUCUGGGGAGGUCUCAGUAGCUUCCUUCUCAAUCCUGCUGACAUAUGGCCCAGAUGACAAAUAUCAGAGUUCCUUCCUAGAGGUCAAAUAUAGCCAUGCUAUUCACUUAGCCAUUGUUCUAGGUAUCGGGGUAUUUAACUCACAGGCUUACUCCGCGGAAUUGUUUCAGAUAUCACCAUAAGAGUAAUUGCGGAGAGAAAAAUCAACCACCAAUAGAUAUUUUCCUCCUUUUCUUUUGAAAAACAAAGAUUUUGUGUACACUUGAGUAAGAUACCAAAAAAAAAAAAAAGGCCAAGAAAAUUGAAGGAGAGAAAAUCCUUUAGCAAUAUGGCGGAUGUAGAAAAUUUUAGUCAUUGGAACAAGUCCUUCCUACUAUCCCACAUUACUUAGAAAAUAGCUCUAUGUCUUUCUGAAGCAUGCUCAAAGUCUAAAACUUCCUGUAUAUUUACUUGGUAGGUAAAUAAACCAUGAUAAUUUUUAUGUCUUUCUGCUCCACCCCUCCACUCCCCACCAUCCAGUACCCCUUCCUUUGAAAGAUGUUGCUGUUAUAUAAAAGGAUGGUUGCCAAGUCAACACACACACACACACACACACACAC